AUGGGCAUCCCGAUCGGCUGGAACAUUCAACGGGACGAGCCCAAGGAAAAAGACGUGCUGAGAGCCGACGUGACCGGCCAGCGCUCACCCAUUCGACGCCGCGUCAGACCAAAUCGAUCCCCGACAUCCCACAGUGCCUUUGACACGGGCGCUUUGCUCUCGACAUCACGAUUUGCGCCGCAUCUCGAACCUCCCUCUCGCUCUUCGCACACCCGCACGCGCCUGCCCCCGCCACCGGUGCCCGAAGUCUCGCGGACUGAUCACCGCAGCAACGAGCCGGCGAGAAACCCACCCAGUCUACAGCGGGACGAGAGCAGCCUGCGCCGCUCGCGCAAUCGUCUCGAUGGCUAUAUGCGCGCCUACGAGGCACGCAACUUUCCCGACACUGGCCUCCCACUCGCAACCUUGACCCCAGGAUUUGCGCCCGCAGCGGCUUCGCGAUCCGCUGAAGCAGAGUCCUUGCGUGAGCUGCGCGAAGCGCGAGAGCUCUCGCGCAUCGGGGAGCGGUCGCCGUACCGUCGCGCUGGGGCCCCGCGAUUGACACGCUCGCGCAGUCCCCGUGCUGACCCAUCUGCGGGAAGAGGCCAUGCGGAGGAUGACGACAACGACGACGAGCACGAGACUAAUGAUUACCCAGCCGUGGGCCUUCCACCCCUUCGCAGGAUGGGCCGCCGCACCCUCGCCGAUGGCCCGCCAACUGCAAGCUCUCUUCGCGAGUCUUGGAGCCCGGUGUCCACCCUCGAUGGCUUGGGAGAUCGCGAGCGCAGCAUCAGUCCCUUUGUCGAACAGUUGCCCUGGGAUACCUUCCUCUCCACCGUUGUGCCUGAUCCCGUCGGCCCCACGACUGAGUCGUCCUUUGCAUCUGCCGCUGCUGCAGCCUCGUUCUCCAAUUCUCAUCCAAGUUCGCGAGCCGGAAGCUCCAACUCGGCGGCGUCUUCACGAACACAUCUUACAGUGCCGUCACGGCGCGCUUCUCCUCCGCCGAACGAGCAGUUCAUGCGCGCGUGCGACACGUCCGAGGACGACACAGCCUCUGAUACAGAAGAAGAGGACGUGGACGUGCGCGGCAGUAUAAGGCGUCUCAACGGCGCCGAGGCUUUCAGGAAUCGGAUGGGUCUCUCCGACGCGGCUCCCUCCCGCCGCAGAAUUCGACCGUCUUACUUCUCCAAUGAGCCUCCUCUGCAGGACACGGAGCGCUACUCGCGGCGGGUCCUGGAGCGGUCUCGGCACGCAAGCGCAUAUGUUCGCAAUUUCUACCACUCAAGCCUCUCGCACGACAACGAGAUGCCGGCGGAGAGACGUCAUGAUCAGCUCGAUGGGCCGGCCGAGGAGCCUUUGUCGUCUGCCAUGGGUGAAGACGAGUUGCUGUCGCUUGUUCUGCCCGACUCACAGCCUCUAGAUCAGGAGCUUCGUGAUGCGCGGUCUCUGCUGGAGCGUCUUUCGCGUCGAGAGGACAUUAGUGACGAUUUCUGGGCGUCGGUUGGCUUGACGCGAUCGUUCGCGGACCCCGUGGAGCGUUUCCAGGAGCGCGAGCGACUUUGA